GGUGAUGGGGUAGUGAUAAAAGAAAGAGAAAUCAGGGUGACCUCAUAUUAUAUGUACAUAAUAUAAUAACGAAAAAAUUGAUCGUCGACCUGGACUUUGUUUCAUUGCUUGCAACAUGAAGAUUCAGUUUUGGUUGAUGAUGUUGGACUUUUGGGACAAUCCGAUACCUGAGCUUCCGGUUCUGGAAGUCUUCCAGACGCACCACGCAGCCAUGGCUUCGUCGCAACCAAACAUGGAGAGGUUUCUCCGCGACUGGCGCCAAGAUGCGCUCAACAAGGCGCAAUAUGACUCUGCCAUCUUCAUCGGCGACAAGCUGCUGGCAAUGACGAAAGACGAUAACGAUGCUUUCUGGCUUGCCCAGGUCCACUUCAAUGCCGGCAACUACACGCGCUCGCACGAUCUGCUGACGGAGCACAACCUCAUCGGCUCGAACCCGUGGUGCCGCUAUCUUGCCGCCCACUGUCUGAUCCGGCAAAACCUCUUUACCGAAGCAUUGGCCCUGUUGGGCGAGCACACCCCGACUCACCUGAUUAACACCAAUACCGCGAAGCGCAAGACAACCCGGACGACCGGUCGAGGCACCCGCGCAGGUCCCAAGGCCCCCGAGCGCCAGCCGGAUGAGGUCAGCGAGGAGGAAUGGUCGACCCGCCGGUUCGAGGCCGGCAUGUGCUACCUGCGGGGGCUCUGCUACGCAAAGGAAAACGCCUUCGACCGGGCCAAGGAGGCGUACAAGGACGCACUGCGCAUCGACGUGCAGUGUUACGAGGCCUUCACCCAGCUGGUGCGCAACUCGCUCAUGUCGCCCGACGAGGAGGACGAAUUCAUGCAGUCGCUCGACUUCAACGCAGUGCGGGCGCCCAGGGGCGGCGACGACCCGGAACUUAAGACGGAACCGGGCGACUACGUGCAGAUGCUGUACCAGACCCAGCUCUCCAAGUACCGCAACCCGCGGGCCUUCAACACAGCCAUCGAAUCCCUCUCGACCCACUACGGGCUCACCGACAACCCGGACAUUCUCCUGGCCCGUGCCGACCAGCUGUACACCCAGUGCCGCUUCAAAGACGCGCUCGCGCUCACCACCGCCAUCCUUAAGGAGGACAAGACCAAUUUCCCCGCCUACCCGGUCCACCUCGCCUGCCUGUACGAGCUGAAGCAGACCAACGAGCUCUUCCUCGCGGCGCACAACCUAGCCGAUAACCACCCGGACAAGGCGUGCACCUGGCUCGCGGUCGGCACCUACUACCUGGCGACGGGCAAGAUCGCCGACGCGCGGCGGUACUUCUCCAAGUCGUCGAUGAUGGACGCGACCUUCGGCCCGGCCUGGAUCGGCUUCGCGCACACGUUCGCGGCCGAGGGCGAGCACGACCAGGCCAUCACGGCCUACUCGACCGCGGCGCGCCUGUUUACGGGCACGCACCUGCCCCACUUGUUUCUCGGCAUGCAGAACCACGCCAUGAACAACAUGACGGCGGCCGAGGAGUUCCUCAAGUCGGCCUACUCGCUCUGCCGCACCGACCCCUUGCUGCUCAACGAGAUGGGCGUGGUGCUGUACCACCAGGACCGGCUCAAGGACGCGGCCAAGUUCUUCCGCCAGGCGCUGCGCGUGGCCGACGAGACGGGCGCCGACCCGCACGCCUGGCUGGGCGCGCGCACCAACCUGGCCCACGCCUACCGCCGGCUGCGCCUGCUGGACGAGGCCCUGGCCGAGUUCGACAUCGUGCUGCGCGACGGCGGCAAGGACGCGGCCGUGCUCUGCGCGCGCGCGCUGAUCCUGCUGGACAAGGGCUUGCCCGACGACGCCGCCAGGGAGCUGCACGAGGCGCUGGCGGUGAACCCGCAGGAUCCCAUCGCCACGGACCUGAUGAACAAAGCGCUAGAGGAGUCGUCGAAUGGGGACGUGGCGGUGUUGGCGGGCGGGCUCAGUACCGGGCUGGAUCUGUCGGGCAAUUUUAGAGGGGAGGAGGAUGAAGGGAUUGCGGAUAUGGAUCGGUUUGAGGCUGAGCUGGAAGAGAAGAAGGCUGCGGCGAGGGUGAAGGUCGAGAGAAGGAUUAGGGGCAGGACGGCCGCAGCUGGUGGUGCGUCGGCGUCCUCGUUGUCGGGGGAUAAGGGGAAGGGGGUCGCGAGAAGCGGGAAUGUCCGCGGUGGUGGGAGGCGUGGCGGCGGCGGAGAAGGGGGAGGAGGUGGGGGAUAUGGACCCGGCGUGGAAAGUAUGAUGGAGAUGAGCGACGUUGAUUGACGUCGGUCGGUCGGUCGGUUGGGUUGCGGAAACAAGCAUUCUUUUUUUGCUUUGAGCAAACGAAGGAUACUACUGUAUUUUGGUAAUCGGCCUGGAAUGGAUACUGCCUGCAUGGGAAGGUAUGGCAUAAGCAUAGCAUAGCAUAGCGAUGGCGCCGGGGUAUUUACAGGAACAAGGCAAAAAAAGGGGAGGCUAUAUGGGUCAUUGGACUGGCGACACUGGUUUUCUCUGUGAAGAGAUCAUAGGAUUAAUGGAAUGGACUGGCUCCCGCUGGCUCCAACCGAGCAACGGGCUGACUCUACUGGUGCCCAAGCCGAGAUGGACCGCAUCUGCUCAGCAAACCUGUUGUACGCCCGAUUCGAUAUGGGAUCUCUUUGGCCGUCUCACCAUAGCGACAACCAUCUCAUCCCUUACUUAGUAAAACCCUGCCGGU